CCUGGUGGGCAGGUGUGUUACCUGUGGCUCCCUCAGGAAGAUCCUCUGCCGCCUCAGCGACACGGACACAUUAAAGAGGACGGGGACCAUGGAACAGUUUCUUUUUCUCUCGUCACGGCCUCAUCGAGCAGUGAGCUUCGUGUGUGUCAGUGUGUGUGACUCUGAUCUUUGAGGCUGCUCUCAGUCCAGCACUUGUUUGUUAGACGGACAGACCGACAGACGGAAGUGCUUCCUGGUAAUAGAGAGGUGCGUCUUAUUUCCAUUCCAGAGACUGACUGACUGGGACUGAGUGACUGCGCACGUCUUUCAGCGCCGGGGAGCUGGGGGCGCAUUGACGCAUUGUGGAGUCGACAGGCGAGGGUGGGGGGGGGUGGUAGCACUGCAACCCCGGCUUCGCCACACACACACACACACACACACUCACGCACACGGAGGCAUCUAUCUGGCGGAACCGCGAUGGCCGUGGUGCAGCUCGACAGGGAGGACCACCAGCCGGAGAACGGCUUCGUGUCCCCCGAAACCACGUCGCCGGGGCUGCUAACGCGCAUCGACUGCUCCGUGCUGCCGUUUCUCGGGGGAUUUGGGAAAUACCAGAAACAGCUGAUCGUGCUGACAUGGAUCCCGGCGCUAUUCAUUGGAUUCAGCCAGUUCUCGGACAAUUUCCUCCUGGCACAGCCGAACAACACAUGCGUGCAGCCGCUGGCGAACCUGACUUACAACCAGAGCGCGCCGGGUCACUCCUCGCUGCUGGACAGUCCCCACAACAGCAGCGGCGCGCGGUCAGCUCACAUGUAUGCCAAUGGAAGUUACGGCAGCCACAAUAACAGCAUCUCAAUGCAGUGUCAGUGCAGCGAGUGGACGUUCGAGCUGCACACGGGACUCGUGCAUAACGUGGUAACCAAGUGGAGUCUGGUGUGUGACUCAGCAUGGAAAGUCCAUAUUGCAAAGUUCUCUCUGUUGGUGGGAUCCAUCUUUGGAUACCUAGUGUUUGGAAUCCUGGCUGACUGGUUUGGCCGUCACCCAGUGCUGAUCAUAUCGGUACUGUUCAUGCUGGUGUUUGGUCUGACUGUGGCCUUCUCCGUCAACGUUCCCAUGUUCAGCACCUUGCGAUUCUUUGAGGGCUUCUGUCUAGCAGGAAUCACCCUCUCUCUCUACGUCCUCAGGAUUGAGCUGUGCCUGCCAGGGUGGCGCUUCUCCAUGACCAUGGUGGCCAGUUUUGUGGUGUUGGGUGGUCAGCUGCUGAUGCCCGGGAUGGCGUAUCUCUGCCGCGACUGGCAGGUACUUCAAGCCUUUAUCAUCUGCCCCCUGGUGCUGAUGCUGUCCUACAUCUGGAUCUUCCCUGAGUCACUGCGUUGGUUGCUGGCCACGCAGCAGUACUGCCGCUCCAAGUGGAUCAUGGGACACAUAGCGAAGAAAAACCGCGCAAACAUGGAGCUUGACGCAGACAACAUCCUCACAGAACUGCAGCGAGCUCUUCAAAAGAAACCCAAAAAGACAUGUAUUGUGAAGAUGGUCGGGACAAGAAACCUGUGGAAGAACAUCGUCGUGCUCUGCGUCAACUCGCUCACAGGCUACGGGAUCCACCACUGCUUUGCUCGCAGCAUGAUGGACCCUGAAGCCCAGGAGACCACCAUGUUCCAUAACUUCUAUGCAGACUAUUACACCAUGGCGGGCAUCGCGGUGGCGUCCUGCAUGGCACUGUGCCCAGCUGUGGGUCUGAUGGGCCGACGGGGGGGCCUUCUCAUGUUCAUGAUCAUCACUGCCCUGGCUUCACUGCUGCAGCUGGGCCUGCUCAACUUGCUGGGGAAGUACAGCGGCCACCUGAACAUCGACAGCUCAGGUACGCUGAAUAAGAACUUCUCCAUCGCCUUCUCCAUCAUCGGCAUGUUCUCCUCCCACGCAGUCAGCAACCUGAGCAUCUUCUUCUGUGCCGAGAUCACCCCCACUGUGAUCAGGGGUGGUGGUCUGGGCCUGGUACUUGCCAGUGCUGGCUUCGGCAUGCUGACUGCACCCAUCAUGGAGCUCCACAACCAGAAGGGCUAUUUCCUCCACCACAUUAUCUUCGCCUGCUGCACCCUCAUCUGCAUCAUCUGCAUUCUCCUGCUGCCAGAGACUCGCUACCAGCCCCUCCCCGAGACCCUGGCCGACGGCGAGAGCUACACUCGUCAACCUCUCCUCCCCCCGAGGAAACCUGGAGAACAGCGCCUCUUGCUGGCGCAGUCCGAGAGCAGCAGGGACUACACCAGGGUGCACGACACUCCACUCCACGAGGCAGCUGCCACCGUAGUGUCCACCAUGGACUCCACCGCGUCUUCGGCUGUCGAUUUGACGGCUCAGUCGGUCGGAGACAUAUCGGCCCCCACGUUCAUGGAGGUGCACCCUGUCAAGCCUGAGGUUAAAGACCCCAAUGGCCAUUCAAGGUCAUCUUUAUCCACCACCCCCCUCACAGCACUGGGGAAAGACAGCAUCAUACUGGCCAGCAAAGAGCACCUGCUGUCUUCCACUCCUCUACACAAAGCGCCAUGUGCCACAGACCCGCUUUUAGUCGGCACUGAAGAACCUCCAGCAACAGUUUCUGCUGUCAAGCUCGCGUCAGAUUCUGUCCUCCUCGAGAUGAACGACACUGGUCCCUCUCCGACUAAAGAGUCAGCCACUCCCCCGGCCCCUUCAUCGAACUCUCCUGCUCCUCCCGUCCCUCAAACUGCGCCCUCUUCCUUAAUGAUCUGCACCACACCCGUCAUCGAGCCCCCACCUAGCUCCAUGUUGGAAUCCCCAAACCCCCCCAUGAACGACAUUGACGACGUCACAGUGAAACUUGAGCCCACUUUGCCGGAGGACACUGAUGUCAAUUCAGCCCUCGCUGCUCCUCCCUGUGACUCCUCUACUCCAUCUAUGCCUGACAGCCUCCCUCCAUCCCCGGCUCCCUCCCCUGUUCCUGUGAAAGACUGCAACAUUUCCACAGACCCUCCGCCCUCCGUUAUCAAGCACUCUGACAUUCCAAUCCAGUUAAAAUUAGAAGAUGAAUCUCCUCCUUUAACUAGAGACUCCCCCUCACCUCCUGUUAUAGACUCCCAUCCGCCACAGUCAGACUCUACCUCCCCCUGUAUUAAUGAUUUAUCUCCUCGGCCCCCUACUCCCCCUAUAAUCACCAUUUCCCCUUCACCCUCUCCACCUCCACCCACUGACUCAGCUGAGCAUUUACCCUCAGAGGACACGUCCACUCCCCCCGUCAUAGACACUGUCAAGACCACCACACCGUCUGCAGCCAUUCUCCCCGUCACAGACAUUGUGUCCACCUCCACUCCAGAAUCACCUGCUGUGACUCUCACGGACAUUAUGCCUGAUACAGCCGCUCCCCUCCUCUUAGAUUCACUGACGACUUCCAUUGCAGAUUCAGACUCCACAGAAGCGACCCCUCCCUCCCUGCUGGACUGCACCGUCUCCUCGCCCAUAGACUCUGGUGUCGCCCUCCCCGUCAGGGACAGCACCAGCACAGAAAAUAACGCUUUCAAUGGUGUGGCGUCAUCCUGAUCCAGCAUCGCGGCCAGGAAAACAAAGCUUUAUGGACGUCGGGAGGCAGGCCCCCACCACCCCGACGUCACACGAUUACCAGAGGGGAGGGGUGAGCGGCAAGACAUUUCCUGCUCCAGACUUCAGGGUUUAUGAAGACUGUCCCUGCCUGGAGUUGAGCAGACAUGUCUUACACAGUUGUUGUACGUUUCUCGAUGACCCCCGACCCCUCACCCCAUUGCCCACCUUCCAGCAAUUAGCCAAUAAACAAGACCACCAAGUGAGAGAGUGCCAGGGGCUGGUUUGUGACAAUGUGACAGUAUCUUCUGCUCUUUCUUUCUUUUUGAAUGUCACUGGAAAUCACCAGCCUAUAAACUACUUUGAUGUAAAAUGAAUGGGAAAUUACAGUCUGUCGUUUUAAAGAGACUUAACAACUACACCUACAAUCACUGAGAUGUGUCGUCAGGACAAUUGAGAAAUGCAAUGAUGCUAACAAAAACAAAAAAAAAAAAGGCAAAAAAAAUCUAAUCACUGGUACUUUUGCUCAAAUAAAAUGUCUGUCUUACGUAUUUUUUAAGGAAAAAAAUAUCGCCUUACCUGUGUGGACAAGAAAAUCUGAAUGUUACAGUACUUUUUUGCUGUUAUAGAGAAAAACAGUCCAAAUUGGAGUGAUUUUUUUUUUUAAUACAAUGCCAAAAUCGCCAAAAUGACCAAAAUUAAAUGUAGACAUAGUGCCAAAACAUUAGUAUUGACGCAGUAUUUUGAGAAAUGUUGUUUAGCGGUCCCCUGCCAUCGACUGUACAUGGAUUCAAGCGAAUCAGAUGAACCCAAAUUUCAGAAAAUGCGAUUAAUUCUCAAAUUAGUAAAAAAAAA